AUGCCUGAUACCUUUACUUGCAUAACCUGCCAGGUGAUGUUCAAAACGCCUGAAUUACAACGUGAACAUUAUAAACAGGACUGGCACAGGUAUAAUUUGAAAAGGAAGGUUGCUUCAAUAUCGCCUGUUACUUUGGAAGAGUUUGAGCAGCGAGUGAAGGAGCAUAAAGAACAGAGUCAGAAUGAAAGCCGCGAUGAAUCGCAGUACUGCAAGUAUUGUUCAAAGUUAUUUAACACAAAAAAUGCCUUCGACAAUCAUUUGAAUAGUAAGAAGCACAAAUUGUCUGAGGAGCGGUAUGUUGAAAAUAAAGAAGAAGAAAGUGGUCAUUCUGAUACAGAUAGUUUUGUAAAGGUUGAGCCUAGUGCUAAUGUUUCCAAGGAUCCUAGCAAGUUUGUUAUUGUGUCUGCUGACGAUUCCGGAGAGGAGGACAUAGAAACAGAUUCCGAAAUUGAAGAGCUUGACUCGGAUGAGUGGGAGGAGUGUCGUAUUAAAGGCAGCGACUCUCUGAUCAAGCCUCGGGACUGUUUGUUCUGUGGCCAUCAUAGUAAGAACAUAGUCAAGAAUCUCAAGCACAUGUCUGAGGCCCAUUCAUUCUUCAUACCAGAUGUAGAGUACUGUAUUAAUAUAAAAGACCUUCUUUUGUAUUUGGGAGAAAAGAUAUCACAGGGUUACAUGUGCCUCUGGUGUAAUGACACUGGCCGAACAUUUUACUCUAUGGAAGCUGUUCGAAGGCAUAUGAUUGACAAAGGACAUUGUAAAAUGUUGCACGAAGGCCUAGCCCUUGCAGAGUAUGCUGAUUAUUAUGACUACAGCUCUUCAUACCCAGACCAUCAAGAGGAUGAGGAUGAGGAAGAUGGUAUGGAUGUGGAUGAUGAAGUAGAAGCCCCCACAACACUACAGGGUGAUGACUUCCAGUUGGUACUACCUUCUGGGGUUGUAGUCGGCCACCGCUCCCUUAUGAAAUAUUACAAACAAAACUUGACUCAGAACAGUCAGGCUCUAGUGAAGAAGUCGGAUCGCAAGUUGCACAGGUUGCUUGGUGUCUACAGAGCACUCGGCUGGGCGCCCAAAGAACAAGCCUUGGCUGCUAAGAAAGCACGUGACAUUCACUUCAUGAAACGUGUACAAGCCAAGUGGCAGAUGAAGAUGUCUCUAAAGAAUAAUAAGUUCCAGAAACAUUAUAGAGCUCAAGUCAACUUCUAAACUAGAGUAAAAUUGUUUUUAUAUUGUUUCAUACAUUUAAUUAAAAACUUAGUUUCGUUUAGCAUCAUUUUUGACAAUACUUUAUUGAAAUUUCUAGUUCAGUUUUUAUUUGCAAUAUUUAAAGUAUGUGACUGGCUAUGAUGUUGUGACUAAUUGUUAUUUUUUUCGACAAAUAUGAUUAAAUAAGAUGUUAUCACGUUAUGUUGGUAAAUAAAUCGUCAGAUGUAUGAAAGUAUGACGUUUAUUUACUUUUGAGCUAUUGACUUGACAUAGCCAGUCAUGGUUAGGCUGAUAGUGACUGUAAGUUAUGGUAAUAAACUAUGUUUUAUUGUAAGCAAUCAGUGGCGCUCAUGGGCAUCCGCAACACCAGAGGAAUAAGUGCGGCCUUUGGAGGGAUUUUAGACCUCCGGUCAGCUCACUCACACGACGAAUCACAACGCGAGCUUUGUUUUAUGCUGGUUUUCUGUAAAGCCGUGGCAUCGCUGUGGUCGGACCAUGAGUGCAGAAGUAUGGUUCUUUCAUACUUACCUGAAUAAUCAAAUUGCUUGGUAAUUGGCCUUUCCAGUAAAAAAAAAAAUACUUGACAAUGUCCAAACGUUUUAUGAAAGGAAAACUCGUACGCAUAAUUAUUAUUAUUACUUGUUACACAUUUAGUACCUAAUUGUUCUAAAGGGCUUGUUUCACAAUUUCUGAUUAAGUUGUUGUAACUGAGAAUAGUUUGACGUAUUUUCCAUAAAAAAUCUUAUAAUAUGUGUUAGUUAAGCUAACAGAAAGUUUGUGAAACAAGCCCAAUAAAGACGUGCAGUCUAUCAUUAGUAGCAAGUGUUGAUGAAUGUAUUGUAGUGUGGAUGUAUGUAUGUAUAGCACGUAUUUAAUAAAUGAGUACAAGUUUGGGUCGUAUCGUGUGCUUGUGUAUUGUCUGUUAUGUAAAAAAAG